AUGAGCAGCCAAAACAACAGCAACGCCAGUCUGCACUCACGCUACCCGCCCGACUCGCCUGGUAUCAACCCCACCCCAUCCUCCGCUGCAGACAAGCACAGGGUCCACAAGCCGCCCUCAGCCUUCAGGUCCUUCAUCGCUAACUUCACGGGAGGAUCAUCCGCCAACCAGGAAGGCAUUCGUGUUAUCUAUCUCAACAAUCCCGAGCGCAACAGCCAGUCAAAGUAUCUGCACAAUCGUAUUUCCACAUCAAAGUAUAACUAUUUGACCUUCCUGCCAAAGUUUCUCUAUGAGCAAUUUUCGAAAUACGCCAACGUCUUUUUCCUUUUUACCGCAUGCAUCCAGCAAAUCGAGGGUGUGUCACCCACUUCACGAUACACAACAGCUGUGCCACUGGUGCUCGUCUUGUUUGCAACGGCUGUCAAGGAGGUCAUGGAGGACUAUAAGCGCCAUGCAUCCGACAGUGAAACAAACGCUCGCCUCUCCAAGGUGUUGCAGGGAAACACAUUUGUGUCCAGGGCAUGGCAUUCAAUCAGGGUCGGUGAUAUUAUUCGAGUCGAGGGAGGCGAGCCCUUUCCUGCAGAUCUGGUGCUGCUGAGCUCAUCCGAGCCAGAGGGCAUGUGCUACAUCGAAACUAGCAACUUGGACGGAGAGACGAACUUGAAGAUCAAGCAGGCGCUGCCAGAGACCGCCAAGCUAAUUACUCCACUAGAUGUGUCCCAAAUUGGCGGAUGCAUUCGCUCAGAACAGCCCAACAACAGUCUCUACACCUUUGAAGGUACCCUACUUAUGAAUGGCACCCAAGGACACCCCAAGGAGUUGCCUCUGGAUCCGACCCAAGUUCUUCUCAGAGGAGCACAACUUCGCAACACCAACUGGAUCUAUGGAGUGGUUGUCUUCACAGGACACGAGUCCAAGUUGAUGCGCAAUGCCUCUGCGACACCGAUCAAACGCACCUCUGUGGAGAAAAUGACCAACGUCCAGAUCGUCUUCUUGUUCGGCAUCCUCUUGGCAAUGUCUCUGGCCAGUGCUGUCGGCAACAUGGUCAUCACCAACAAGAACAUUGCUCAGCUCUCCUAUCUCGAACUCACUGAAUCUUCAUGGUCGGAUUUUGGACUCAGCAUCCUUACCUUCCUAAUUCUCUACAACAACUUGAUCCCUAUCAGUUUAAUGGUCACCAUGGAGGUCGUCAAGUUUUGGCAGGCGCAGCUCAUCAACGCGGAUCUGGACAUGUACUACGAAAAGACCGAUACUCCUGCGCUCGCCCGAACUUCGUCCCUGGUGGAGGAGCUUGGACAGAUCGAGUACAUUUUCUCCGACAAGACUGGAACACUGACAUGCAAUGAGAUGGAGUUUCGCCAGUGUUCAAUUGCUGGCCUGGCCUAUGCGGAUGUGAUUGAAGACGGAAAGCAAGCGCGAGUUGAGGACGGAAUGGAAGUUGGUAUUCAUGAUUUCAAGCAAAUGAACGCCAAUCUUCGCAACCAUCCCACCAGCAAUGUCAUUGACGAGUUUUUGACGCUGCUGGCAGUCUGUCAUACCGUCAUUCCCGAACGACAGGAGAGCAAUCCUACAGAAAUCGUAUAUCAGGCAUCGUCGCCCGACGAGGGAGCACUUGUCUCUGGAGCGGCAGACCUGGGAUACAAAUUCACGACUCGCAGACCCCGAUCUGUUAAUAUCCAGGUCGGACGAAAUGAGCUGGAGUAUGAGAUUCUGUGUGUGUGCGAGUUCAACUCGACUCGCAAGCGCAUGUCGACUAUCGUUCGUGGACCAGAUAGGAAAAUUAAGCUGUAUUGCAAGGGCGCUGACACUGUCAUCUUGGAGCGCUUGGGGUCUGAGAACGAGUUUGUGGAUGCGACUAUGCAGCACCUGGAGGAUUACGCCACAGAGGGUCUCCGUACAUUGUGUGUUGCUAUGAGGGAGAUUCCUGAGAAGGAGUAUCAGAACUGGAGCCAGAUUUACGACCGCGCGUCUACUACCAUCCAGAAUCGAUCUGAGGAACUUGAUAAGGCUGCUGAGUUGAUUGAGAAGAAUCUGUUCCUCCUCGGCGCCACUGCCAUUGAGGACAAGCUUCAGGACGGAGUCCCCGAGACGAUCCAUACGCUGCAACAGGCCGGUAUCAAGGUCUGGGUCUUGACUGGAGACCGACAGGAGACCGCAAUCAACAUCGGAUACAGCUGCAAGUUGAUCCAGGAGGACAUGUCGUUGAUCAUCUGUAACGAGCAGACACACUGGGAGACCAAGGAGUUUUUGGAGACCAAGGUCAAGGCCAUCAAAUCGACUAUGCAGCGCGGUGACGAUAUCGAGCCCUUGGCGCUCAUUAUUGACGGCAAGUCGCUUGGAUUCGCGCUGGAGAAGGAUAUCGAGAAGACCUUUUUAGAGCUGGCUGUCCUAUGCAAGGCCGUCGUUUGCUGCCGUGUGUCUCCAUUGCAGAAGGCCCUGGUGGUGAAACUGGUCAAGCGUAACUUGAACUCGAUCCUGUUGGCUAUCGGAGACGGCGCCAAUGAUGUCUCCAUGAUUCAAGCUGCUCACGUUGGCGUCGGUAUCUCUGGAUUGGAGGGUCUCCAGGCUGCCCGCAGUGCUGAUUUUGCCAUUUCUCAGUUCCGUUACUUGAAGAAGCUGCUCUUGGUCCACGGUGCAUGGAGUUAUCAACGCCUCAGCAAGUUGAUCUUGUUCAGUUUCUACAAGAACAUUUGUUUGUAUACCACGCAGUUUUGGUAUGCGUUCUACAACGGUUUCUCAGGCCAGACCGUCUACGAAUCCUGGACGAUCUCUCUUUUUAACAUUGCAUUGACUGUGCUGCCGCCGCUGUCGCUUGGUAUCUUUGACCAGUAUGUCAGCGCCAGGAUGUUGGACCGCUAUCCACAGAUGUACAUGCUCGGACAAAAGAGUGAAUUCUUCAACGUCAGGACAUUCUGGGGAUGGGCAAGCAAUGCGAUAUACCAUUCUGUCAUCCUCUUCUUCGCGGUCUCUUCCAUUUUCCAGUUCGACUUGAUCAUGACCAAUGGCACAGUCGGAGGAGCAUGGUUGAUGAGUGUCACCCUUUACACAGCUGUGCUAGCAACCGUACUUUUGAAGGCGGCACUGAUUACAGAUCUUUGGAACAAGUACGCAUACAUCUCCAUCCCUGGAUCGAUGAUCUUUUGGAUGGGAUUCUUCCCUCUCUUCGCCAUUGUUGGUGCCAAAGUGGGAUUGACGCUCGAGUACUUUGGCAUUGUUGGACCCCUAUACAGUCAGCCGGUUUUCUGGUUGACAAUUAUUCUGUUACCUAUCUUCUGCAACCUACGAGACUUUACAUUCAAAUACAUGAAGAGGACAUUCUUUCCGAAGACGUACCACUAUGUCCAGGAGAUUCAGAAACUCAACAUUCCGGAUUACAGACCAAGAAUGGAGCGCUUCCGCAAGGCUGUUCACAAAGUCAGGAAUAUCCAGCGACUGCGUCGCAACCGCGGAUUUGCGUUCUCGCAAAACGAAUCCGGCACGGCUCGUUUGGUGCGGGCUUAUGAUACCACGGCGCAGAAGCCCCGAGGAUGA